UGGUUCGAGUUUGAGAAAAGCACAGGGUGUUCAACCCAUUGGCCGUACAAUGUUCUCAUACUCUCGCCACACCCACGCCAUUUUAAUAAAAUCAAGAUCCCCUUUUACGAGUCUUAAUGGGCCUAUUCCGAGCCUUCUUAUCCAAAAUCCAUCUCUAUUAAACCGACUCUCCCCUCCUACUGCAACGCAUUACUACUCUUCUUUAACCAAACCGCCUUUCAUUUCAUUCAAAUCGCUUCGUUCUUUCUCCCGCUCCCGUUGUUCUCUCUCAAACCCUAGAAUGGGCUCUCUCUCUAUCCUGGACGAGCCCUUGCCGUAUCCUACUGCUCGUAGGGACGAGUCCGUCGUCGAUGACUACCAUGGCGUCAAGAUUGCCGAUCCUUACCGAUGGCUUGAAGAUCCUGACUCUGAAGAAACGAAAGAGUUCGUAAAUAAGCAAGUAGAAUUGACGCAAUCGGUGCUUAAGGUUUGUGAUACGAGGGAGAAGCUUAACGAGAAAAUCACGAAGCUCUUUGAUCACCCGCGUUAUGAUCCACCUUUUAGGCGAGGGAAUAAGUUCUUCUACUUCCACAACACCGGUCUUCAAGCUCAAGACGUCUUAUAUGUACAGGACAGUUUGGAUGGGGAACCCGAGAUAUUGCUGGACCCUAAUUCACUUAGCGAAGAUGGAACUGUCGCUCUGAGUUCACUCUCCAUAAGUAAGAAUGCCAAGUACAUGGCCUAUGGGCUAAGUACAAGUGGCAGCGAUUGGGUAACAAUCAAAGUUAUGAAUGUGGAGGAAAAGAGAGUCGAGGCUGAUACUUUAUCGUGGGUUAAAUUUUCUGGCAUUAGUUGGACUCAUGAUAGCAAAGGUUUUUUCUACAGUCGUUACCCACCUCCAAAGGAAGGAGACAUAGAUGCUGGGACAGAGACCAAUUCUAAUCUUUAUCAUGAGAUGUAUUAUCAUUUUUUGGGUACAGACCAAUCCGAAGAUAUUUUAUGCUGGAAGGAUUCUGACAAUCCUAAAUAUUUAUUUGGAGCAAGUGUUACGGAUGAUGGAAAGUACGUUCUUUUGGAUAUUUCCGAGGGUUGUGACCCAGUCAACAAAUUUUACUACUGUGACAUAUCUGCACUUCCCAAUGGACUAGAAGGUUUUAGGGAGAAAAAUGAUAUGCUCCCAUUUGUCAAGGUUAUUGAUAAUUUUGAUGCGCAGUAUCAAGCCAUUGCAAAUGAUGACACAUUGUUUACUUUUCUGACCAAUAAAGAUGCUCCUAAAUAUAAGCUAGUCCGAGUAGAUCUGAAGGAACCGACAGUUUGGACAGAUGUUCUUCAAGAAGCUGAUAAAGAUGUACUUGAAUCUGCAUGUGCUGUUAAUGGUAACCAAAUGAUUGUAAGUUACUUGAGCGAUGUAAAGUAUGUUCUUCAGGUAAGGGACCUCAAUUCAGGUUCCUUAAUCCAUCAACUUCCCAUUGACAUUGGCACGGUCCACGGAAUAUCUGCCAGGCGUGAAGACAAUAUAGUUUUCUUUGGGUUUACAAGUUUUCUUUCUCCUGGUAUAAUAUAUCAGUGCAAUUUAGACUCAGAAAUUCCAGAAAUUAAGGUAUUCCGUGAAAUUGCUGUUCCUGGGUUUGAUCGGUCAGAUUUCCAUGUUGAUCAGGUUUUUUUUCCCAGCAAAGACGGUACUAAGAUACCAAUGUUCAUUGUUGCUAAAAAGGAUAUUCCUUUGGAUGGAUCACACCCUUGCUUGUUAUAUGGAUAUGGUGGAUUUAAUAUUAAUAUCACCCCAUCAUUCAGUGUAAGUCGUAUUGUACUUUCACGGCAUUUGGGUGCUGUUUUCUGCAUAGCAAACAUUCGUGGUGGUGGAGAGUAUGGAGAGGAAUGGCAUAAAGCAGGCUCACUUGCAAAGAAACAGAAUUGCUUUGAUGAUUUCAUUUCUGCAGCUGAAUACCUCAUAUCUACUGGUUAUUCGCAACCUAAAAAAUUGUGUAUAGAAGGUGGAAGUAAUGGGGGGCUUCUUGUUGGUGCUUGCAUAAAUCAGAGACCCGAUCUUUUUGGCUGUGCUCUAGCCCAUGUUGGUGUAAUGGACAUGCUGCGAUUCCACAAGUUUACCAUAGGCCAUGCAUGGACUUCAGAUUAUGGUUGUUCUGACAAGGAGGAAGAGUUUCACUGGCUUAUCAAGUACUCACCUCUACAUAAUGUGAAGAGACCAUGGGAGCAGCAUUCUGAUAAACUUGUCCAGUACCCAUCUACUAUGUUGUUGACUGCUGAUCACGAUGAUCGUGUUGUGCCAUUACAUUCAUUAAAACUAUUGGCGACUAUGCAAUAUGUUCUGUGCACGAGCUUAGAGAAAAGCCUACAGACGAAUCCAAUUAUUGGUCGCAUUGAGUGCAAAGCAGGCCACGGGGCUGGGCGUCCAACGAAGAAAAUGAUUGAUGAAGCUGCUGAUCGCUAUAGUUUCAUGGCCAAGAUGGUGGGUGCAUCUUGGGUGGAGUAGUUGGAGAAGCUGAGGACAAAACUUUUUUGGACGUUUGGAAUAAUUGAAAGACGCCUGCCUGCCUGCCUUCAUUUUUAAUUACUUGUAAUUUCUGUCUGUAAUCCAUUUAUAAAUAUAUAUUAACCUAGUUUUUUUAAAAGGAAAUUAGGCUAAGUAGAAGGUAUCCAAAUUUUACAUGA